GACAUUUCGUAGGCGUAAAUAAACAGGCGUGUUUAGUUUGUGGGCCGGUGUGAGGCCGCGUGAGUUUCGGCUAACGCGCUGACACAAGUGCAUCGGUGCUGAUUACCCGGCAGUCAUCCCCGAUUGGCGGGUCCAAUGAGCGUCCCGCAACCCUGAGCUCGGUGAGCAAGGGUUCGUCCCGACUUUGCCGGGGUCUCGACGUCUGACGGAGGGCCGCGCCUCGCAUGUCUCCACGUCUAUCAAUGAUUCAGUUGGGAUGUCGGCCAUGGAAUCUCAGCUUGGUUACCGUGAUAAUAAUCACCUUCUCGAACAUGCUCUUCACGAUGCUGCUCCUUCAGUCGGAGGAUUGCGAGCCGAGUUACGUAGUAGCUCCGGCAGACGAUGUAGGAGAACCUAGUGUCCUCACAGAAAAACCUGCGGCCGUUCGGACCACGGCUCCAUCGCCAUCCUGCGAUCCACGAGACUACAAGCAGCCCCCGGAGUCGAGCGUCUUGCGGAUGGACGUGCGGGUUGGGCGAUGGGACUCGAGGCGGUUGUACAAAAUGUUCGACUCGGUGGUGGUCGGCUCCGAGUUUCCGGCGCUAUCGUCGAGCUACUCAGUAUCGAUAGCAACGCAGAGCUCGGUGGAGAAGCUCUACUCUCUGGUCCAGGUCGCUCAUCAAUGGACGGGGCCGAUCUCGGUGGCGGUUUUCACCCCCGGGGACGAGAGUUUCCUCGUCUUUCAGCGGUACCUGGCCUACCUCAGGAAGUGUUACGCGCCGAUCCGCGAACGGGUGACAUUCUCGGUGGCGAUACCGAAGGACAGACCGGUCCUCGAGCAGCCCCAAGUGAUCGAGCUCGCCGGCGACGAGGACUGCCUCAAGCCGGAGGCAACUUUGAACGCCUUCGCCGUGGGCCUCUCGAAGGAGCUGGCAAACUGGAAGAAUCGUAAUGUCUACCCCCAGAAUCACCUGCGCAACCUGGCAAGAAAGAACUGUCAGACCGAGUACGUGUUCCUUACAGACGUCGACAUCAUCCCAAGUCCAAACCAGGCCAACCUCCUCGACGAGUUUCUCAAGUCCUCGCAGUGCGAGAAGUGCGCCUACGUCAUUCCCACCUACGAAAUCGACACCAGGGUUCGGUUUCCUCAAAACAAAACCGACCUAGUCAGAAUCGCCAACAAGGGACUGGCCAGACCCUUUCACCAGAAGGUCUUCAUCCACAACCAGUACGCCACAAACUUCACCAGGUGGAGCUUGGACGUGUUGCCAGGAUACACAGGCAACGUUGACAUCGUAAAGUCCGGCAAGGUUUACGUGAGUCACGAAGUGAAUAACUUCGAAUUUUUUUACGAGCCGUUUUACGUCGCUCGUGACACCGCGCCGGAACACGAUGAACGUUUCUUGGGAUACGGUUACACGAGAAAUACCCAGGUUUACGAGAUGUUCGUAGCUGGGUACGAGUUCCUUGUCCUGACGCCCAUUUUCACCGGCCAUUGGGGUCUUCAGACCAAAAAGGGCCGACCAGCGUGGCGUGAGAGACAAAACAGCAUGAACCGAAAGCUCUUCGAGGGUUUCAAGAAAGAAGUUUUUGCCCGGUAUAAUCGGGAUCCGCUCAAGAUGAUGAAGAACCAGAACUGACAAAAAUCCCUCCGUCGAUUCCGGAUCGCCUAUUGAACUAGAUGGAUCGACUUAUUAACUUUAUGCUAUGUGAAAAUCUUGUGUG